AUGCCUUUGACUCUUAUGAAGAGGCUACAACUGAAUGGGGUGAGAUCCACUGAUGUAAUCAUACAACUGGCUGACAAAACUCAAAAGCAAGCUGAAGGGGUAGUUGAGAAUGUGCUGGUGAAAGUGGGAAAGUAUUUCUUCCCCACAGACUUUGUCAUUUUGGACAUGGAGGAAAGCUACCUACACCCUAUCAUUCUGGGAAGGCCAUUUCUAGCCACUGCUAGAGCGCUCAUAGAUAUAGAACAAGGAGAGCUAAUUUUGAGAGUACAUGAUGAACAUCUCAUUUUCCAUGUUUUCAAACCUGCAUCUGAGCCUGAACCAGAAUCUGAAAAGCCUAAGGAUGAUAGUAGCCAUCUGUGUUUGGAGGAAAGCAAUCCAGCAGCUGAAACUCUGAAACAGUCCUUGGAAGGCAAACAAGAAUUGCAAGAGUUAAAGCCACAAGAAUCAAUAGAAACAGAUCAGAAGGAUCCUCCUGAAAUUAAAAGAAACAAAUAA